AUGAAACCAAGGCAAAACAAUGCAGCACUGAUUCUAUUCUUAUUCCUAUCAGUAUCUCUGACGCACGUAGAUUCGGUAGAACAACGGAAUGAUGAUACGGAGGAGAGGUCUGAGGCAAUCGUCUCGAUUCCAAAAAAGAAGUUUGACUAUGCCAUUGGUUGUUCACCGAAGAAGCGAACGCAAUUCGUCUCACUUUAUGACAAGGCUCUACAAGUAACCGGUGAUAGUACCUUUUCGCGAAUGUUGGAGCAUGAACAAGUGCUCCAGGAAGAGCAAAGUCAAAAAUUAGCAUUGCAACAACAAGGCAAUGGGGAGAUGUCGUCGUUUGCCUUCCCUUAUUCUAGUUUGUUCGUUCCGGUACUGCUUGCCUUCGCGACGCACAAUGGAUUUAGUAUCUCAUUCGAAGAUACCUUCAAGAAGCUGAGGAAUUUGAUCCUUGUUGCAUGGUUACCAGUGUUGCUAUUCAAUGCAUCCUGGAUUGAAAUUUCCUCCUUUGCUCUUCUUCUCUUCCGACCAACCGUAUGGAGCUUCCUGGUUGACGAGUUUUUCACGGAUACGUGGACAAUCUCGAAGAAGCUUCUCUUGAGUGAACUUUGGCGUCACUUCUGGAAGCACACAACACACAUCUUCCCCAUCCCAAACCUCUCGCCAUCCGACGAGUACCUGGAGUUGACCCCAGACUGGUUCCAAAUGGGCUUUGCACGUGUAACGAAACUUGUUGACAAGUUUGCACAAGGGCUUGUUCGCAAAUCUAUCGAACGAUGCUUUCAGGAAUCCCUUGGCAUCACAGUCGGUGCACUAUCUGAGUACUUUUUGAAAAAUGGUCAUGAUGAUUCACUGGGUCGUUUGAACAAACUUGACGCAGCAUCUGCUGCUUGUGAACAGUCCCCCGGCGAAAGCGAAGUGGAGGCGAUGGUUGUUGAAAGAGCCAUUGAAAGGGCCGUUGAAUCGGACGCUCCAUAA